AAGUUUAAGAUGUAGAUCUACCAACUUCCUGUUUGAAAGAAAAAAAUUGACCUAGGCCUAGACAUCAUAUUAUGAUAAUCAUAGAAUCUAUCUACUAAUCUAGACUAGAUUCUACACUACCAGACAAGAUCUAGAUUCUAGAUCUACAUUUUGGCUACAAUUGAUAAGAUCUAGAUUAUACUAGAUAGACUAACUAUACUAGUCUAUACACCUAUAAAAACUAGUUCUAAAUCUUGAAUGACUUCAGACUUCGUCUGACUGACUUGUCUUGUCUUGAAUAAUUUAAUAGAUAGCCCCACUUAGAUGUACUUCUACUGAAACUGAGUCGGACUUCAUUGAACUUUAAGAUCUUGACUUAGAGGGUAGAGACUAGACUCUGUAAAAGUGAGAAUUUAAAAAAAUGGAAAAAGUUAAAAUAACAAGAUUUAUGCCAAGCUUAAAGCAAAUGAAAGAUAUGGUGAUCCAUGAAGUUACCUACUUUGAGAGACAUAACAAUUCUAGAUUCACAGUUACAUCAAGAAAUAUUCCAAGAUGGGGAACAUGGAUCAACUAUUUUCGAUCUGUUCCAUAUCUAUAUAAAUGGUCCAGAGAAGAGGAAGCGCUGCUACCAAAACAUUAUAAAGAUAGAUGCAUUGAAUUUAUGAGAAAGGAACAAUCACCUGUUCAUUGGCGUCCUAUCCAGAUGAAAUAUAGAUUUGAUGAGGAUUCAGGAGAAAGAAUCCCGGUGGUAAAUGCACCAAUACCAGUUAUUUUUCCCAAAGAAUGCAAUCUUGGAUUGUGGGGUGGUGAAGGAAUUAUUUUUGGUUAUUACAAGAAAAAUGUGCCCAAGAAAAAGCAUAAACUACCUACGUUACCUAGAAUAUGGCAUCCAAUGUUGAAUAAAAGUGUUUUAUAUAGUGAAAUCUUAGAUCGUUGGAUGGCUAUUGAUGUGACUCCAAGAGCUUUGUUUCUUAUUGAUGAAGCUUUUGGACUUGAUUUUUACAUACUUAAAACACAUGAAGUUGACCUAUGUUCCAAACUAGGAAUGACCCUCAAGAGAGAAAUGCUAUUAACUCUUGCUAACAAGUCUUUCUAUCCCAAUGAUCCAGUGAAAAAAGAGAAAAUAUACAACAAAUAUAAAGAGUUCAUAAUACCUGCAGAAGAGGCUGAAUGGAUUGGCUUAUCAGUGGAUGAAGCUGUUGAAAAAGCUAAAAAACUGAAUGAAGCAAUGAAUCCUACUAAACCGUUGAAAGAACAGUAUUUGUAUGACCUGUGUCAAAAGUUUCAGGUGGAAAUUAAACAUUAACAAAACAAAAUAAAUGAUCAAUGGAAUUUUAUUUUUAUUUCAAUUUUGUUUUUGUUGCAAUUAUUUUGCUGGUCAACAAUAAAUAAAUGAAGAAGUGAGAGAA